AUGUCUACUUCUUUCUUUUUAAAAGGUAAGUCAAGACAAGUUCAUAAAAGAAAAGGUGAAAAAAUAAUCAAGAAGAAAUCAAAAAGGCAAAAUGCACCUAACCUCGAAAAUGGUGAAGAAUCUUCCGGUAGCGACUUAGAUAUCAAAAAAUUUUCUGAUGCUGAGGAUUCUGAGAGUGAUCAUGAAACAGCGGAACAGAAAAAAUUACGAUUAGCCAAAAAAUAUCUCGAAGAAAUAGAAAAAGAAGAGGCAAAACGAGCGGAGCUUAAAGAAUUGGAUGAUGCUGUGGAAAAACGGCUACAGAAGGAUUAUUUAGAACAGAAGGGUAAAUUAAAAGUAGAAGUUGCUGAUAAUUAUAAAGUACCAAAUGAAAAUGAUGUCAGAUUAAUACGAGCAAAAGAACACCGCCUCCCAUUAACAUGUGUAUGUAUAACCAGUGAUGGUGAAUUUGCUUUUACCGGUUGUAAAACAGGCACUGUAAUAAAAUGGGGUAUUAGAGAAAAAAGAAAACUUGGUUGCUUAACAUUUAAAACUCAUUCCAAAUAUAUUAAAAAGAGUGUUAGUUCUGUUGCUGUAUCUACAGACUCAAAGUAUUUAGCUACUUCAGAUGUAUCACCUGAUAUUCAAAUAUGGGAUCCUCAUACUUUCAAACAUGUUCACACCUUUAAAGGUCAUAAGGAUACAGUUAUAGGACUAGUGUUUAGAAAAAAUACACAUGAUUUAUAUUCUGCAAGUAAGGACAGAUCUGUUAAAAUAUGGUCAUUAGAUGAAAUGGCAUAUGUAGAAACAUUGUUCGGUCAUCAAUCACCCAUUACAUCAAUUGAUGCAUUAGCUAGAGAAAGAGCAAUUACUUCAGGAGGUAGGGAUACCUCAAUUAGAAUAUGGAAGAUAGUUGAAGAAUCACAAUUGAUUUUUAACGGACCUGUUGGAAGCCUUGAUGUUGUUAAGUUAUUAGAUGAAGAACAUUUUGUGUCUGGGAGUGACAAUGGUUCUAUUUGUUUAUGGAGUGUUUUAAAGAAGAAACCUUUAUGUACUAUAUCUGAGGCUCAUGGUUCAGAUAAUGAGGUUCCUCGAUGGAUUACAAGUCUUGCUACACUUUUAAAUUCUGAUGUGUUUGCAUCAGGUUCCUAUGAUAAUCACAUAAGAUUAUGGAAAGUUAGUGAUGCAUAUAAAAAUAUUGUGCCUUUAUUCAGUAUAGAAAUAUAUGGUUUUGUUAAUUGUAUACAAUUCACAAGUGAUGGCAGGCAAUUAUAUGCAGCUAUAGGCCAGGAACAUAAGGCUGGAAGAUGGUUUAAAGAAGGAAGUGCUAAAAAUGGUCUUCUUGUUGUUAAUUUACCUAUUAAAUUA